UCGGCACUAUUUUGUUAAACUUUUGGUUCAGAGGUGUGUGUGUGUGUACAUACUGCGUUGUGAUGUGAAAUGUAUUUCUUACUAUGAGUGGCAUUCAAAAAAGUUUAAAGAACACAUUAGGGCUUUGUAAAGGGGAAGAAGGGCUGCAACAACAUCGCCACCUCACAGACCCACCAAUGGAAAAAACAGGUAACCGAAGCCAUCCAGAAAGAUGAAGCACCCUUACCCAGCAAAGAGAGGGUAGGACCAGGAGUGGGCCAAGGGCAGGGCUUGACACCAGCUGGGGAGUAAUUGGCAGGGGGGAGGGGCACACAGACACACUAACCCUGCUUUCUGUUUCUCCCUCACCUUUCCUUUCCAUUGUUUUUCACUGUCUCUUACUCUUGUCUCUCUCGCUCUUGCUCUCCUUGUCUCUCUGCUCUAACUCUCUCUUUAUCCCUCUACACUCAUCCCCUCCAUUUCUGUCUCAAUUUCUAACCAUUUAUAUCUUUGUUGCCAUUUUUCUAUCUUUUUGUUCUCUUUCUUUCCCACUGUCUCUAUGUCUGUCUGUGUUUUUCUCUCUCUGUCUCUUUCCUGCCCUCAUCUCUCUGUCUGUCUGUGUCUAUGUCUCCCCCAGUAUCCCUACUUGCAGGUGCAGCCCAGCAAGUUAGCUGAUGGAGUCUCACAGGGCCCCUGGAGUACCAGACUGGCUGACCCCAUAGGGUUGAGAGCAGCCUCUGCCCCUCAGUAUGGCCAACACCACUGGAGAGCCCGAGGAGGUGAGCGGCGCACUAUCCCCGCCAUCAGCAUCAGCUUAUGUGAAGCUGGUGCUUCUGGGAUUGAUCAUGUGUGUGAGCCUGGCGGGCAAUGCCAUCUUAUCCCUGCUGGUACUCAAGGAGCGAGCCCUGCACAAGGCUCCUUACUACUUUCUGCUGGACCUGUGCCUGGCCGAUGGCAUACGCUCUGCAGUUUGCUUCCCCUUCGUAUUGGCUUCUGUGCGCCACGGCUCCUCAUGGACCUUCAGUGCACUCAGCUGCAAGAUUGUGGCUUUUAUGGCCGUGCUCUUUUGCUUCCACGCGGCCUUCAUGCUCUUCUGCAUCAGCAUCACCCGCUACAUGGCCAUCGCCCACCACCGCUUCUAUGCCAAGCGCAUGACACUCUGGACAUGCGCAGCUGUCAUCUGCAUGGCCUGGACCCUGUCUGUAGCCAUGGCCUUCCCACCUGUCUUUGACGUGGGCACCUACAAGUUUAUCCGUGAGGAGGACCAGUGCAUCUUUGAGCAUCGCUACUUCAAGGCCAAUGACACGCUGGGUUUCAUGCUCAUGUUGGCUGUGCUCAUGGCAGCCACACACGCUGUCUAUGGCAAGCUGCUUCUCUUCGAGUAUCGUCACCGCAAGAUGAAGCCAGUGCAGAUGGUGCCAGCCAUCAGCCAGAACUGGACAUUCCAUGGCCCUGGGGCCACCGGUCAGGCUGCUGCCAACUGGAUCGCUGGCUUUGGCCGCGGGCCCAUGCCACCAACCCUGCUGGGUAUCCGGCAGAAUGGGCACACAGCUAGCCGACGGCUGCUGGGCAUGGACGAGGUCAAGGGCGAAAAGCAGCUGGGUCGCAUGUUCUAUGCAAUCACACUACUCUUCCUGCUCCUCUGGUCACCCUACAUCGUGGCCUGCUACUGGCGGGUAUUUGUGAAAGCCUGCGCUGUGCCCCACCGCUACCUGGCCACUGCUGUUUGGAUGAGCUUCGCCCAGGCUGCCGUCAACCCAAUCGUCUGUUUCCUGCUCAACAAGGACCUCAAGAAGUGCCUGAGGACUCACGCCCCCUGCUGGGGCGCAGGAGGUGCCCCGGUUCCCAGAGAACCCUACUGUGUCAUGUGAAACAGGCUGGA